UAUUAAUAGUGUUGGUGUCUUGCAACUGACGUAAUGCUUGCACUGAGGUCCUGACAAGCGAUAACAUUUCUGAUAAAGAACUCAUCUUUGCUGCAAUCUACAGCCUGGGAUCUAAUAUUAAACCCAGAGCAUCCAUUACCCUGCCUCUCUCUGCUUCUCUUCCCCCACCACCACCACCACCUCCUCCUCCUUCUUCUCCUAAGCCCCCCACUCCUUGUUCCUGUCUGUGUCUCUGCACUCAGACAUACACACUGGGGGGGAACAGGAAACCUAUUCUUCCCCCCACCCCAAAAAAAUUAAUCAGAGAUCAACUCUGCAAACAACAAGGAAGCGGUUCAUGGCUCAAGCUAGAUCUCCACCAUCUUCCACAUUGCUGCUGAGGUUAUUGCAGAUCAAUCAACAGCACUGACACAGUACUCAGCCCUUUAUACAAAAUGAGAUACGUCGGUUAAGCAAAGGAAAGCUUCGUCACAAGGAUAUGGUCCGGAAAAAGAAUCCCCCUCUGAGAAACGUUGCGAGCGAAGGUGAAGCACAGAUUCUUGAGUGUGCUGCAUCAGAAAGAGAAGAUAUUUUGAGGGGUACAGAAUUUUCCACUGAUCCGAUGCAAGAAAAUAGUGAACCUUCUAAUUCCUUGGAACAAAAUAGUGACGAUCAAUGUUUCCAUGAUCAAGAACCUUCUUCCAGCUUUAAAAAGGACUCUGAAAGUGUGGGACACAGCGAAAGAGUUGUGUUUAACUACAGCCACGUCAAAGGCAGAAAUGUCUCCUAUGAUGAGGUGACAGAAAAUAUGUUGGCAUUGCCCACCUCAGAUACUAGGGUCAUUUGCGAGACCCUAAAAUCACCUAUAAAGUCUGAGACUGAUGAAACUCCAGAACUGGUUUCUGCUGCCUCUGGGGACACCUCAGAGACUAGAGAAGAAAAUGACUUGUCGCCAAGGGCUGCUGACCUCACAACUCAAAGUGUUAAAGUAGACUGUCAAAACUCUAGUCCAGCCUCGGUGGCCUCUGAAAACCUUCAAGUGCCUUUAGAUGGGAGUUCAGGGCUGAACAAAACCCACACUGUUGUGUUUGUCAAUGACAAUUCUGAUUCUGCACCUUUAUCCCCAGAACUUCAGGAUUUCAAAUGCAACAUUUGUGGUUAUGGGUACUACGGGAACGAUCCCACUGAUCUGAUCAAACAUUUUCGCAAAUACCAUCUUGGCCUACAUAACCGAACUAGGCAAGAUGUUGAACUUGACACCAAAAUCUUGGCACUUCAUAACAUGGUACAGUUCAGCCAAUCCAAAGAUUUCCACAAGGUGAAUCGCUCUGUGCUUUCAGGGGUCUUACAAGACAUGAACUCUCAAAGGCCAGUUUUGUUAAAUGGAACAUACGAUGUGCAGGUGACGUUUGGUGGGACCUUCAUUGGCAUUGGGCGUAAAACUCCAGACUGCCAAGGAAAUACGAAGUACUUCCGCUGCAAGUUUUGCAACUUCACGUACAUGGGCAACUCAUCAACGGAGCUGGAGCAGCACUUUCUAAAGGCGCACCCUAACAAAAUGAAAGUGUCCUCUGAUUCUGGUAAACCAUCAGAGAAAAGCACCAAUAAGUCCAGCCCUAUUCCACGUUCUUGUGAGCCUGGAGAUUUGGGAAGGUGGCAAGACAAAACCACUAUUAAAGCAGCAGAUGAUAUGCCAGUUGGAUAUUCAAUGCCAAUUAAACCUGUAGAUUCCUCCAGGCAGAAUGGUGCAGAUGACACCAACUACUACUGGUGCAAGUUCUGUAGUUUCAGCUGUGAAUCCUCCAGCAGUGUCAAACUUUUAGAACAUCACAGCAAACAGCAUGGGGUAGGGAUGUCAGAAAGUCCAAAUGCUGAUCCUAUUGACAAGGCCUACAGGGGAACAGUUAUUAAUCAAACUAAAAUUGCCAAAAAUACUGACGAACAGCUAACAGCAAAAGUAGAGAAAGGAUUGGCUAAAAAGAAAGACCUCUCCAUUAAACCAACUGAGGAUUUAAUAGUAACAAGCUACAAUUGUCAGUUUUGUGACUUUAGGUACUCUAAAAGCCAUAGCCCAGAAGUAAUCUUGGUUGGGCCUCUCCUGCGCCAUUAUCAACAGCACCACAAUAUUCACAAGUGUACUAUUAAGCAUUGCCCUUUUUGUCCCCGAGGCCUCUGCAGCCCUGAAAAGCAUCAUGGAGAAAUUUCUUACCCCUUUGCUUGCAAAAAAAGUAAUUGUUCUCACUGUGCUCUCUUGCUGUUGCACUUGACUGCUGGGGUGACUGGUAGCCCGCGAGUUAAACAUCAGUGUGAUCAAUGCCCAUUCUCCUCUCCUGAUGUAGAUGUGCUCCUGCUUCAUUAUGAGAAUGCUCAUGAAGGCCAGGCAUCUGAGAUCAAGCAGGAACUGAAUCACCAGCAAGCAACUGAUGAACAGAUGACCGUCAAAGAAAGCAAAGAACACUCAUGUACCAAAUGUGACUUUAUCACCGUGAGCGAAGAAGACCUUUCAAGACACUACAGGAGAGUACAUAACUGCUACAAAUGCCGGCAAUGCAGUUUUACAGCAACUGAAACUCAAUCUCUUUUGGAUCACUUCAACUCUGCACACUGUCAUGAGUCUGAAAUCACUACAGCUAAUGGUGGCGAGACUCAUGGAGUCUCCAACAUCAAGGAGGAGCCAAAAACUGAGAUGAAGGUGUACAACCUUGUCACUCCUGAAUCCAAAAUGGGAGAAGCCAUAUAUGACAGCACUGUGAAAAGGAAGAAGCCUGAUGACAAGGAUGUACUCAGGGAGAAAUCUUGGUCUGAUGGUCCGGUAGAUGACCUCCGUAGUGUUACCUGGAGAGGAUCAGAAAUUUUGAGAACAAGUCCAUCCUAUACACAAAUGGGUUUGGGCCUUUUGACCACAGUAUCUGUCAACCAAGAACAGCAGAAAUCAUCGAGAGAUAGUCCAAAUGUUGAAGCAGCACAUUUAGCAAGACCUCUUUAUGGCUUGUCUGUAGAUACUAAGGGAUUUCCAGGAGUGACGGCUGGAGCCAGUGGAGAAAAAUCGGGGCCACUUACACCACAGUAUCCUACCAUGGGAGACAGCAAGUCCAAGGAUGAAUCUCAGUCACUCCUACGGAGACGCAGAGGCUCCGGGGUUUUUUGUGCCAACUGCUUGACCACAAAGACUUCACUUUGGCGAAAGAAUGCAAAUGGUGGCUACGUCUGCAAUGCCUGUGGCCUCUACCAGAAACUGCACUCGACUCCCAGACCUUUAAACAUAAUUAAGCAAAACAAUGGCGAGCAGAUCAUUAGGAGACGGACAAGGAAACGCCUUAACCCAGACACACUGCAGACGGAACAGUUAAGUAAACAUCAAAGAGGGAGCAACGAGGAGCAAACUAAUGGAAGUCCGUUAGAGAGGAGGUCGGAUGAUCAUUCAAUGGAAGGUCACCAGAGAGAAGCUCAGCAACUUGUAAUGAAUAAAUAUGAGACCCAAGCAACAUUGACUAAAAGCCAUUCUGCUCAGCAGACAAUAAUAGUCAGCCAAACUAUGGAUGUCCACAAAAGGAUGCAACCUUUGCACAUACAGAUAAAAAGUCCUCAGGAAAGCAGUGGAGAUCCAGGAAAUAGUUCAUCUAUCUCUGAUAGCAAAGGCAGCUCAGAAAGAGGUAGCCCAAUUGAAAAGUAUAUGAGACCUAUUAAACAUCCAAACUACUCUCCCCCAGGAAGUCCAAUAGAAAAAUAUCAGUACCCGCUCUUUGGACUUCCGUUAGUCCACAAUGACUUCCAAAGUGAAUCUGACUGGCUGAGAUUUUGGAGUAAGUAUAAGCUGACCGUUCCUGGGAAUCCUCACUACUUGAGUCACGUGCCUGGCCUACCAAACCCUUGCCCAAACUAUGUGCCUUAUCCCACCUUUAAUCUGCCUACUCAAUAUUCCACUGUUGGAUCAGACAAUGACAUUCCUCUAGACUUGGCAAUGAAGCAUUCCAGACCUGGGUCAGCAUCCAAUGGGGCCUCAAGAGAUACAAUUAAGUCACCGUUGAGCGUAAAGGAUGACGGUCCAUUGAAUGUAGUGAAAACUGAGAAAGUGGAUACAAGUACACAAGACGAACUUUCAACGAAAUGUGUGCACUGUGGCAUUGUCUUUCUGGAUGAGGUUAUGUAUGCUCUACACAUGAGCUGCCAUGGGGAAAAUGGACCUUUUCAAUGUAGUAUAUGCCAGCACCUUUGUACGGACAAGUAUGAUUUCACAACUCAUAUCCAGAGAGGCCUACAUAGGAAUGUUGCACAAGUUGAAAAGAAUGAAAAAACUAAAGAAUAACAUUUUAGCACUUAGCACAAUUAGAAUUGGGUCUUCUGAAUAGAAAUUCAGUAGCUUGUAAUGUCUAAACAUGGUUUGCAAUACAUAUUUCUAGGUGAGGAAGUCAACAUUGGUUUGUUCAUUGAGGGAGUGAAUUGAAAUAGAGCGUAGCUGCAUUGGAUAGCAAGGCCAAUGUGUUUUCUGUCUAAAGGUGUUCAUAACAGUAAUAAGGGAACUAGUUUAAUAAGCUAUAUUAGUUAAUUAAUCUAUAUGCUUUAACGUACAUAGCUCAUGUUCUCUAUGGCUUUACUGCUGUUCUGAUUUGGCUUUUAUACACUUAUUUAAACCUACUGUAUGACAAGAGCAAGAGGUGCUGAGCAGAUUGAUAUAACAUUUUUGGAAGAAGAUUCAGUAUGACUACCGGUUCAUCAAAGUCUUAUGGGUUUUGUGGUUGAUAUGUGUCUUAGUAUGCAUGUGCAAACAAGGAAGGCUGAACAAGGACUAUAAUAAAUAAAUUACAAGUUAUAGUAAAUAUUUUUCCACAAAGCUCACUAAUUCAAAGAAGACUGUGAAUAAUUCAGUUGCCCUGCCCACUGGACUCUUAAAGGGGUUUUCUGAGAUCUUUUUACUGAUGACCUAUCCUCUGGAUGGGUCAUCAGUGUCCGAUCGGUGGGGGUUUGACAGCCGGGAUCCCCGCCGAUCAGCUGUUUGUGAAAGCAUCUGUGCUAGUAGUACACAGCUAUCCAUGGGCCAUGUUAUGCCAUGUUCAUUGGUCACAUGGCUAGGCGCAGCUCAGCAACAUUGAAGUCAGUAGGGCUGAAUUGCAGUUCCAAGCACAGCCACUAUCAAAUGGACGGCACUGUGCUUGGUGGUUAGAGAGAUGGCCGCUGUGCUACUGCUAGCGCCAGUGCUUUGUCAAACAGACGAUCAGGGGGGUUCUGGGUGUCGGACCACCAACCCUUUUAAGACUCUAGUCUUAAGGUAUGUCAAGUAAUAUAUUACAAGACAUACUGGACCUUUUCCUGCUAAAUCUGCUCAACAUCCCUUGCUCUUGAGACCCAUAUUUUGGCAAUCAUAUUCAACACGACAGGUUUCUUUUAAGAAUGUGACCUAAAAACGAAAUAAGUAGUGGCAGUACCUACCUUUGAUGCGUUCAGUUGGUAGAGGCUGACAUUGAUUUCUCUUGGACCAGUCCAAGUCAUUGGCUGUCUUUACUUUAUACAGAUAUUUACGUAAUAUCUCUAACAAUAACACAAAGUCUUAGAUGGAGGCCAUCCAUGACCCGCAGAAAUAAAACUUUUUAUUGGUAGUUACAUGAAUCAACCAUUUGUGUUAUUAGUAAUUAUUUCAUUCUAAAUGUCUUGACAAAAUAAUUGGUAAUUAGAGGGGGUGUCUGGUUUUAGAAAACCCGCGUAGGUAGAGCAGACAGUGGCUACAAAGAUGAUCUCUGGCCUUGAAGGAUCUUUGAUGUCAGUCUAUUUCAUUGAGAGCCUAUUUGUUUCAAUGAGAACUGUUUAGUACUGAAUUCCUCCUCUUGUGGCACUGCAGGCAAAUUUAACACUUGCUUCUGGAUCAUCCCAGAGAUCAUAGUUGAUCAUAGGGAUUUCCAGCAGCAGGACACCCUUUGACCCACUUGCAAUUAAAGGAUCCUUCUAAAAUAAUUGUUCAUAACACAAAAACCUUUUAGGAGAUGUCUUGGCAUACCCUAAAUUUUAAGUGCUAUUUUUGUUCUAACUGUAACAGCGCAAUAUAGGAAUGUUAGUUCAAUGCUAAAUCAGUAGACUUCUAUUGGGCUUGGAUGGUGCUACUGCUUCUGUAUCUUUUUAUUUUUUCAACCUUCUGAGUUUAUAACUCCAUGGAAUUACAACAUAUGCAACAUAUGUCACAUACUUAUCAACUCUCCCAGAAUGUCUAGGAGGAUCCAGAAAAUAGGACAGACCUUCUGGACUCCCAGAAAUGCUGGCAAAUCUUUUGGGAACAGCAUGGAAGGUUGCAUUCUCCUUAAAAGCAGCUCUUGAUGUACUUUAAUUUUGGACACAGCCCCGACACACAAAAGUGCACGGAUGGGGUAUGGUGCAUGUAAUAAAAAGGUGGGGAGUUUUAAAAGGGGUGAAGUGAUGUAAAAAUAAUGUUGGAGUCAUGCUUCAUUAUCCAGGUAAAAUGUUGGCAAGUAUGAUAUAAAACAUACAACAAUAAAAAAAAAAACAGAGCUUGGGCUUUUUUUUAAAGAAUGUCCAAUGAAAAUCUAGUAGUGCGGCCCAUAGCACCCGUUCAGGGCCCUGCAUUAAUUUCUUAAAUCACUGCAGAAAAAUUUAAGUACUUUGUAAGUACUUUUUUUUUUUCUUUUUGCAAAGCAAGGCCAGUAUUUCUGUCCGUUUUGUAAUCGGGCCCAUUAGGUUGUAGCCUAUUUGGUAGGUGGUGACCACAUGACAUUUUGAAAUAAAAUUGAACAACGAUGAGUCUUACCUUUAAGAAUGGUGGAGUGGGUUCAGGCCUACUAGAGGAGCAAACAGACAUUGUAUAUGUCUCCUUUAAGAGUGGUUUCACAAACAUAAUUUUUCAGUAUGUGGUUGAUGCCAUUUUAUGCAAUAUAACCCCCCCCCCCCCACCCCCCCAGGUAUUACUUUGACAUUUAUAGUUAAAUAUUGUGAAGUCUACCUAGGCAGUGUUUCGGUUUUCUUACAUGUAGUGUUUUCUUUUUUUCUUUUUUAUUUGCACCCUCUAGCUGUGGCUUUUUUCUGGCAUUUUUUACUAUAGGCUUCCCCAUAGGACUUUAAGUACACCAGAAAAAAAAAAAAAAAAAACAUGCACAAAAAGCAAAAUUAU